AUGGCGCCGCCGUUCACGCAUUCGUGGUUUCCAGCACCAGGUCCCUUCAAAGCUCAACCUCAACGAGUAGUUGUGACCACAAGAAGCCAUCUUAGUCAGUCAGUGAUCGAUGCUUUAAAUGCUCUCAAGGAAAAGGGAUUAGUGGAUGUUAUCGAGAAAUAUGGAGGUGCUGGUUAUAAAGCGCAGCUGACAGACAUAUCCGGUAGAUUUUUGAGCUACGAAUCCUCAGUCCAACGCAACAACACAGGAGGAGUCCUAGCAUCGGCACCAUGGGUUAAUCACCAGGAGUACAUUGGUUCUAUACCGAAAGUUCUCAAAGAUCAACUACCGGAAAUUGUGGCGAAGAGCUAG